AUGCUGCAGACCCUUUGGCAUUUUCUGUCUAGCUUCCUUCCCAGGGCCAUAUGCCAAGGUCCUGCAGAUGAAAAAGAGGAUGAGGCCAGAAACACCACCCCACUUCCAGGCCCCGGGGAGAAAGGGCCAAAGAUGUUGGGGAAGCCACAGGACAGAGGGACUGAUCCCACUGAAAGGAGACCAACUAUCCUACUGGUGGUUGGACCCGCAGAGCAUUUUCCAAAGAAAAUUGUGAAGGCUGGAGACAAGGAUCUGGAUGGACAGCUGGAUUUUGAGGAAUUUGUUCACUAUCUCCAAGAUCAUGAAAAGAAGCUGAGACUGGUCUUCAAGAGUUUGGAUAAGAAGAAUGAUGGCCGUAUUGAUGCCCAGGAGAUUGUACAGUCUCUUCGGGACCUGGGAGUCAAGAUCUCUGAACAGCAGGCUGAGAAAAUACUGAAGAGAAUAAGGACGGGACACUUCUGGGGUCCUGUCACCUACAUGGAUAAAAAUGGGACAAUGACAAUUGAUUGGAAUGAGUGGCGAGACUAUCACCUGCUUCACCCAGUGGAGAACAUUCCUGAAAUCAUCCUGUACUGGAAGCACUCCACGAUCUUUGAUGUAGGAGAGAAUUUGACUGUCCCUGAUGAGUUCACAGUGGAAGAGAGGCAGACAGGGAUGUGGUGGAGACAUCUGGUUGCAGGUGGAGGUGCAGGUGCCGUGUCCAGAACCUGUACAGCUCCCUUGGACCGCUUGAAAGUGCUCAUGCAGGUUCAUGCCUCCCGCAGUAACAACAUGUGCAUCGUUGGCGGUUUUACUCAAAUGAUCCGAGAGGGUGGACCAAGGUCACUGUGGCGAGGGAACGGCAUCAAUGUGUUGAAGAUUGCACCAGAAUCUGCCAUUAAGUUCAUGGCCUACGAGCAGAUCAAGCGAUUCAUUGGUACCGACCAAGAAAUGCUGCGGAUUCAUGAGCGACUGUUAGCUGGUUCUCUGGCUGGGGCCAUUGCACAGAGCAGCAUCUACCCGAUGGAGGUUCUGAAAACACGAAUGGCUCUAAGGAAGACAGGACAAUAUUCAGGCAUGUUGGAUUGUGCCAAAAACAUCCUUUCGAAGGAAGGGAUGGCUGCCUUCUACAAAGGCUACAUCCCCAACAUGCUAGGAAUCAUUCCGUAUGCUGGUAUUGACCUCGCAGUCUAUGAGACACUAAAAAAUGCCUGGUUGCAACGUUAUGCUGUCAACAGUGCUGACCCUGGAGUCUUUGUUCUGCUGGCUUGUGGCACCAUCUCCAGUACCUGUGGACAGCUUGCCAGUUACCCGCUGGCUCUCGUGAGGACACGCAUGCAGGCCCAAGCUUCAGUGGAGGGUGCUCCCGAAGUGACGAUGAGGGGACUGUUUAAACACAUUCUGAAGACAGAGGGAGCAUUUGGUCUUUACCGGGGUCUGGCGCCGAACUUUAUGAAGGUGAUCCCAGCUGUAAGCAUCAGCUACGUGGUUUAUGAAAACUUGAAGAUGACUCUGGGUGUGCAGUCACGGUGACCAGGAGAUGCCAAGGACUUUGAAAUCUGAAAUCUUGGGGUGCAAUCCCAAGACGUAUAGCCAUCUCUCAUUCUGUGAAUGUGUUGACACUAAGCUGACUAAGCAAAGCUGUGAAAUCUCAGAUAGUUUGUGAGUCAGUAAGGGGAAGGGGAGGAUCUGGUGUCCUCUGCCAUCUUGCUGCUCAGAGCUCCACAUAAACCAUCACGUGGUCCUUUUUGUUGGGCCUUUUGGGAGACCAGGAGGCAAACUCCUGGGAGAAUCUUAAGGCGCGAGUUGCUGAGGUCAGUUCCCAGCAGUAUGGCAGAGUAGCAAAGAUUUGGGUAACAGGUCUGCUUUCAGCGUAUUGUGUGUACAGAGCUGUUUGCCUGCAGAUGAGCACCUUCUGACUUGCUGAAAGAGCUUCUUUUUCCAUUCAGAGAGCUUCUUCUUCCAUUCAGUUGUUUAACUUCCUACCCGUUGUUUAAAUUUGUACAAACCUUGUGUAGGAGCUGCUGCCACACCAGGCUUGUUAUUAUGUUUACAUAUAUUCCUUUGGGUAGGAGACAUUCAUGUUCUGCUUCCAAGACUUGACAUGAAAUGUAACUUUGAACUAAACUGGUUUUGAGGGCUGGUGGGCAGUGGUUUAUCCAGUCAGGCUGAAGGUUACUUAGGCCAGCCUGAUGAAGAAUUAGGAUUAUUUAUUUUUUAUAGGUUUAAGUGUGUCUCAUAAAUCCACUAACAAGAUGCACUUACUAACAGAAGCAGCAGACUAGAGCCUGCAUGCCUGUAUCCUUUGCAUGCCGGGAUUGGCUUGUCUUAUACUCAGCAGGGGCUUGGAAAGGGGAAGGCGGGGGAGCCCUGGAUGGACUGGCACCGUGAUGCAUGGCUUUAGUGAACAAAAGACAAUAUUUCACAGCUCCUGUGCAGUUGUGCUCCCAGCACGACAUGAGAGCUCCUGUGCAGCGUUGCAUGGACCUCAGAAUUCCAUCCUGCCUGGUGCCGAGGAGAGCUGGUGGACCUUUUCCAAACCCCGUGCCUAUGCUGCUAUCUAUCUCUUUAGACCUCUUUGUAGAUUGAUGUUCAGGUUUGCAUUAGCGGGACGGAGUCCCCAAGGCAGGAGUAUGUCUGCUGUGGGAAGGGGUGUUAGGGAGAAGGGCUGAUUGUCACUGGGAGAGGUGAGCUUUCAGUCCUGAAGACAUGCUUGCUUUUCUUUCAAAGGUUGCUUUUCACAAGGCUAAGGGAAAGAGAUGGCUUUAAAAUUUCUCUGACUGCGUUAUGGGCUACUUUAGUUGAUAGGAUCUGGCUUCUGAGGCCUGGGAGAUCCUCAUCCAACUUUUCAUUUUUGGGCAAAAUGGACCAGCGUUGCAUUCCACUGUUUUACUGCUUAAAGCAUAUUUAUUUUGUAUUUAUUUGAACAGAGUUAUGUUGGACUAUUUUUAUAGACUUGUUUAAAUAUUGUUACUGUGCUUGUA